UUUUAGUACUAUUAAAAAGUUGCUUUUUGACGAAAUAUAAACAAAACAAAUAUAAUAAAUAAUCUAUAACAACAAAAUGAGUAUCAAUGAAAAUUCUAAUGAAUCAAAUUGGAAUAUAACUCCAUUGAAAAAGGAGAAUGAAAUUGAGGUAGAAAGAAAACCAACUGUCAAAGUAAAGGAAAAUCGAAACUUUUGUGAAAAGUGGUUGAGUUUAUUUUCUCCGUGGUUGUCGCGUUGCGAAGAUGAUCCCAAUAGGCCAUAUUGUAGAGCUUGCCAACGUCCGUUGGAUAACAACAGAUUUAGGUUGCAAAGACACGAGAGAACUGCAAAACACGCAAGAAACCAGGAAAUUUUGCUAAAUGAAGGAGAGGAUGCUGUCCGUCUACUUCUCACUAAAACCAGAAGGCGCUAUGUAAAAAAGGAGCCACAUAUGAAGUCAUACACGCUAGACAUUGAACGUACCAAUUUCGAGAAUGAAACUCCUUUUAAAAAAAUUAAAACCCAACAUAGUAGAGCACCGGUAGAUAAAAUUGAGAGUGGUUCCAACUAUAUAUACCCAAAACGAGAAUGUCAUGACAUGAGCGAUUAUUAUUAUUCCCCUCAACAUCAUUCUAGACGACCUCCUCCACCACCACAACCUAAAAAGGAUAGCUUUGAUAUGUUUUUCGAGGCGAUAAGCGCUACUGUUAAAAAUUUACCACCCAAACUAGCGGCUGAAGUAAAAAGUCGAGUUUCACAAGUUAUAGCUGAAUUUGAACUUCGCGCAAUUUGCGAGAAGGAGGCUCAAGAGAAAGUCCAACAACAGUCCGUUGUAACCAUGCCCACACAAGUGGCAAAUGUGGUUACGAUAGAUCCAGUCCUUACUGCAGAUCCCAAUCAUCUUAACACAAGUGCAGGAAAUCAGCAAACCACUCAAUGCACUCCAACAGUGACCCAAUAUGUCUACUCGUAUCAACAAAAAAAGGAAAUCAAUUAAUCACAUACUCUUAUAUUUUAAAUACAUACAAAUAUCUAAGUAUGUAUGUUUAUUAUUAAGGAAUCUAAGUACAUAUUUCAAUAAAGCGGUAUACAAACAUAAACAUA